GCUUCCUUCAUUUACAAAAAAUGGAUCAUUCUGACCACUGGAGGACUCAGUUAUCACAAUACUUCUGUGCUACUGACUAAGAUUUAUGACAACAAGUUAAUGACAUUUCUACAUUAUGGGACUGUUGAACUAAAAGAGGACAUUUUCUCAUAAAAAUACUUUUGUAGAUUCCUGUUACUAAAUAACAAUUUAAAAGCAGUUAUUAAAUUGCUAGAUUUGCUAACACAAGCACAGGUGCAGCAGCUACUGUAUACUAAUAGUUACUGAACCUCAAAUUGAGAUGUUUUCCCUUUCUGGGAGAAGUCAGUAUGUUUGCAAGGAACCACUGAACAUUGUCACUAAGUACCUUUCCAUCUAAGUGUCAGCAUUCUGAAAAGUUCCAAGUCCUGCCACUAAGUGGGUUUGAUAUUAUGGCAGCAACUUACAGACUUGUGGUUAGUACUGUGAACCACUACAGCAGCGUGGUAAUAGAUCGGCGUUUUGAGCAGGCUAUACAUUAUUGCACUGGAACCUGCCACACCUUCUCCCAUGGAGUUGACUGUAUAGUGGUACACCAUAGUGUUUGUGCAGAUCUCUUACACAUCCCUGUAUCUCACUUCAAAGAUGUGGAUAUCAACUCCGUGUUUCUACCCGCUGAGAAUGGGCUUUGCUCAGCUGAAGGUGACUACACCCAUCCGACCCUCACUGGCAUGCACAGGGUCAAGAGAGGAUCUACAUUUCAGAAUACCUGUAACUUGAAGGACAUUGCAGGAGAAGCGAUCAGUUUUGCCAGUGGGAAAAUAAAAGAAUUUUCCCUUGAAAAACUAAAAAAUUCUAACCAUGCAGCUUAUAAAAAAGGAAGGAAAGUUAAGUCUGACUCAUUUACUAGAAGGUCAGUUGAUUUUGACCUGCUCUGUGGCCAUUAUAACAAUGAUGGGAACUCUCCAUCCUUUGGUUUACUCCGCAGUUCCUCCGUUGAGGAGAAGUCCUUGUCCCACAGAAACUCACUUGAUACAAACCUGACUUCCAUGCUUCUGCACAACUGCUCUGAAGAAGACCUAGUUACUCAUAUUUUAGAAAAGCAUAAAAUAGAUAACUUUUCUUCUGGGACAGACAUAAAGAUGUGCUUGGAUAUCUUGCUGAAAUGCUCCGAGGAUUUGAAAAAAUGCACAGAUAUCAUAAAACAGUGCAUUAAGAAAAAGUCAGGCGGGGACAUCACUGAAGGAAACACUAACGAUGUAGUUUCUAGCUCUGAAACGGUCUACAUGAAUGUAAUGACCAGGUUAGCGUCCUAUCUGAGAAAGUUACCAUUUGAAUUCAUGCAGUCUGGGAGCAAUGAGUCUGUAGAUUUAACAGAACUGACCAGUAACAUGCCUGCCUUACAACCAACUCCCUGUUCCCCAAUAUUUGGAACUGAUCAGCCCCCUAAAUAUGAAGAUGUUGUUCAACUCUCAGCCCCUGAUUCUGGACAGUUUAAAACUAAUGAACUACAGGAUGAGAAGCAGAAUUCUAGGAAAAUGGAUACCAUAAAAUCCAUCUCCAACAGUUCCACAAAUCCUUUAUAUGAUGUAGAGGCAAAAGCUACCCAGUUUCAAUCACCAAUAUUACCCAUGAACUCUUCAGAAAAUGUAACAUCUGGUGGCUUACUGGAAAUGCUUUACAUUGAAGAAGAGUCAGAUGGAAAGAAAGCACUGAAUAAAGGGCAGAGGACAGAGAAUGGACCCAGACCAGAACUGUUGAAGGUAAGUGAAUGUGGAGCAGAAUUUUCAGACCAUUGUGCUCAUGUUAAAAAUUGUCCUGCCUCAACACAGAAUGAAAUCGGCAAGACAUUUGAAAAACCAGGUGCUCAUCCAGCCGAGAAAGACCCUAAAUCGAAAGUUGCUAAAGUUGAAGUAGGAGACCAGAGGAAUUUUGUGAACCCUAAUAGUCAAGAAGAGAUAGAUAAAUUGUUAAUGGAUUUGGAGUCAUUUUCACAGAAGAUGGAGACCUCUUUAAGAGAGCCACUUGUCAAUGGUAAAAACUGGGAUUCUCUCGACAGUCGUGAUCAAAUGACUGGUCAUACCCCUGUUGAUCUUAAGCCUAAAUCUAAAGUCUUUUCAUCGGCAGAAAAAGUCUCACCUUCCUGCCUAACAAAGAUUAUUGAAACCAAUGGACACAAGAUAGAGGAAGAAGAUAGAGCCCUUUUACUGCGAAUUCUGGAAAGCAUUGAAGACUUUGCUCAAGAACUAGUUGAGUGCAAAUCAAGCAGAGGAAGUCUAUCACAAGAAAAGGAAAUGAUGCAAAUUCUUCAAGAAACCUUGACAACGUCCUCUCAGGCUAACACAUCACCCGGCAGAGCUGCUGUCUGUGAAAAAGCCCAAGACGCUCCUUCAGCAGUGUUGAUUCAGCAGACCCCAGAGGUAAUCAAGAUUCAAAAUAAAUCAGAAAAGAAACCUGGAACACCACUUCCGUCUCCAGCCACCUUCCCAAGUAGUCCCCGACCUGUGUCCCCUGCUCCCCACGUCAAUCAUGUUGUGAAUGCGCCAUUGUCCGCAAACAUUCCACGGUUCUACUUUCCUGAAGGACUCCCAGAUACUUGCAGUAACCAUGAACAGACUCUCAGCAGAAUUGAAGCCGCUUUUAUGGAUAUUGAAGACCAGAAAGCAGACAUUUAUGGAAUGGGGAAAAUUGCAAAGGUCUGUGGCUGUCCUCUCUACUGGAAAGCCCCCAUGUUCAGGGCUGCAGGGGGAGAGAAGACAGGGGCUGUGUCAGCGCAGUCCUUCCUUGCCCUGUGGGGAAGGUUGCUGAAUAACCAUCAUGAUGAUGCCUCUAAGUUCAUCAGCCUGCUGGCCAAGCCCGACUGCAGCUUCCUAGAACAGGAGGACUUCAUCCCUUUACUUCAGGAUGUGGUAGAUACACACCCCGGACUAACGUUCCUGAGAGACGCCCCAGAAUUCCACUCCCGCUACAUCACCACGGUUAUUCAGAGAAUAUUCUACACAGUCAACAGAUCCUGGAGUGGAAAAAUCACUUCAACAGAGAUAAGAAAAAGCAACUUUUUGCAAACUCUAGCCCUUUUGGAAGAAGAGGAAGAUAUAAAUCAAAUCACAGAUUACUUCUCCUAUGAACAUUUCUAUGUUAUUUACUGUAAAUUCUGGGAAUUAGAUAGUGAUCAUGACCUCUACAUCAGCCAGGCUGACCUGUCUCGCUACAAUGACCAGGCGUCCUCAAGCAGAAUUAUUGAAAGAAUAUUCUCCGGGGCAGUGACAAGGGGAAGAACAGUACAGGAAGAGGGAAGAAUGAGCUAUGCAGAUUUUGUUUGGUUUUUGAUCUCUGAGGAAGACAAAAGGAACCCCACCAGCAUUGAGUAUUGGUUCCGCUGCAUGGACGUGGAUGGAGAUGGAGUUCUCUCCAUGUAUGAGCUGGAGUACUUCUAUGAGGAGCAGUGUGAACGAAUGGAAGCCAUGGGCAUUGAGCCCUUGCCAUUUCACGACUUGCUGUGCCAGAUGCUUGACCUGGUGAAGCCAGCCCGUGACGGCAGAAUAACGCUGCGAGAUCUGAAGAGGUGCAGGAUGGCGCACAUCUUCUAUGAUACUUUCUUUAACCUGGAGAAGUACCUAGACCAUGAGCAGAGAGAUCCCUUUGCCGUCCAGAAGGAUGUUGAGAAUGACGGGCCGGAGCCCUCUGACUGGGACAGGUUUGCGGCUGAGGAAUACGAGACACUGGUUGCUGAGGAGUCUGCCCAAGCACAGUUCCAAGAAGGUUCUUUUGAAGAUUAUGAAACAGAUGAACCUGUCUCUCCAACUGAAUUUGGAAACAAAGGCAGUAAGAUAACCUCGAACGUUUCAGAGCAGUUUGAGAAGCUGCAGUCAGCGGAUGAAGAGUAGCAGCGCGGCUACUGGUGUCUACAUAGAACAUGCGUGUUUUCUGUCUUUUCCUC